AUGGCAUCAAAAUAUAUAUCAUCAUUAAAAUUACCCUCAAAAAAAGUACUAAUAUUUUUUGGUUCAUGCACUGGUAUAUCAUUAUUAAUAUAUCGUGACAAUAGAUUAUCAAAAGAAGCUAAAAUAUCUUUAGUGAACAAAGUUUCUCAUUUGGCUUCAGAGCCUUUAAGUGCACACGAAUUACCUAGAAAAGUAACUGUUUAUUUGGCCCCUCCUUUAGGUGAUGGUGUAUAUAAAACUAAAAUUCACUUUCGUGAGUACGUAUUGCCAGUGCUUAAUGCUGCUGCUCUGGAGUAUGAUAUUGUUGAAGGUACAAAACCAGGUCAACUUCGUUCAAAAGUGCGUGAAGCAAUAAGAGAAAAACGUAAACAAGAGUUAUCCCCGUCUUCAUCACAAUCAUCUUUAUCAUCUACUGCAGAUUCUGAUCAACCUUUUAAAACUAUAACUCCUUCAAAACCAAUUGAUGGUGGUACUAUAGUAAUAGGUAGAAUUAGUUGGAUUGAAUAUUUACAAGGGCUUAAUGAAGGUUGUAUCGCUUCUUUAGAAGAUCCCCCUUCUAAACAAACAAAAUCUGAUUUAAAUUCUGAACAAGCUGAUCAACAAUCAGACAAAUCAGACACUAGUCAAGAUAAAAAUAAUAGCAAUGAAGAAUCGGAACCAGAAUUUAUUAUUAGCGAAAAGGAUUUUUCAGUACCCGAACUGGAUUCGAUAGGUUAUAUCCAUUUCUAUAAUAGAAUUGGUUGGAAAAAUUUUCCUUUGAGACUUUAUUAUGCUUUAAAUUCUUAUAAAGAAUUUGAUUUGGCUGGUGAAGAUGCUGUUAAAGUAGCUCUUGGUAAUACAAGACAAUUCAAAAAAGAUGAUCUAAAUCUUGGCAAAGAUGAAGAAAAUUUUUUUAAAGGAACUUUAAAUGAACCAACAACAAUAGACGAAAGAAUUAUUGCAAAACUGUCAAUGUACACCUAA